AUGGCCGACGGGUUGCUCGAUCCGUAUCCCGCGAAUGGCGGCGCAAAACAGAAGCAGCACGAGGACUGGUACGCAGAACACUCGCAGAGACCUAUGAGCCCCAGAGAUAAAAGCCCCAGGGGUGUCAGCCCAGGCGGCAGAAGUCUGAGUGCACGAAGCCCAAGAGCUGCGAGCCCAUUCUCAAACGCCAACAUGCCGAGAGAUGCAGAAAGGGCCCCGAGGAAGCUGAUUUUGUGCUUUGACGGGACGGGAAACAAAUUCCAUGGCGACGAGAGCGAUAGCAAUAUUCUGAAAAUAUUUCGAAUGUUGGAUCGAUCUGCGGGUGACCAAUAUCACUACUACCAACCUGGCAUUGGCACAUAUGUCAUCUCGGACUCUCUUUCUCACAGCGGCCUACGAGCUCGCAUUAGGUCGUGGUGCCAAAAGGCCAAAGAUUCUGCCAUUGGCUCGUCUUUUGAUCAACAUGUUGUUGGUGGAUAUCGCUUCUUAAUGCGCUUUUAUCAGACGGGCGAUGAGAUUUACAUGUUCGGUUUUAGUCGCGGCGCCUACAUUGCGCGAUUUCUCGCUGAAAUGCUCGACUACAUUGGUCUCUUGUGCCACGGAAACGAAGAGAUGGUUAAAUUUGCCUGGAAAGCUUUUGCCCAGUGGCAGGCCAGAAAGCCGCCUUCCAAGGACGCCGAUGAUGAGGAAGAAGAGUCCGAGGAAGAUAAAGAAACGCGCAGAAUGUACAACUACAUGAAGGGCUUUCGAGAGACCUUUUCACGCCCGGUGGGCCGGAUUCGGUUCCUAGGUUUGUUUGAUACGGUUAAUUCGGUGCCGCGGUUUGAAGCUGCCUGGAUGCAGCGAACCAAGUUCCCUUAUACGGCUCGCACCAGUGCCAGAUUCAUUCGACAUGCAGUCAGUAUUGAUGAGCGUCGCGCCAAGUUUCGCCAGGACCUUAUUUACCAAAAGCCGCCGAAACAUGAGCACCAUCAUCGUGUCCGCCGACAACAUAUGGCGGGGGUGAUUGGCCGGAUUCGACGAAGCAUAGAUGUGUCUCACACACACUCUGAUGAGAAGCAUGAUUUGCCUCCCGUGCCCGUGGGGAAGGAAAUGCAUGCAAGUCAGUUCCUAGCACCUGGCGACGCGGGACGAGAACGACGUGGUGCCGUUUCCCACAAGCAUCAUUACGCACCGUAUCGAGCACGGUCCAGAUCCAGGCAGAGAAUGGCACGGGGCGCACUUUUGGAGGACCAGGAUGACAUGUCUUGCUCUGAUGCCUCUCAGUGGGAGGCUGAAAUGGAUGACUGGCAGAAUGAGGACCAGGACAUCGACGAGGUUUGGUUCGCGGGCGGCCAUGGCGAUAUUGGCGGAGGCUGGGAAGCUCUGGACGGUCGCAAGAGUGCAAGUCACGUACCGCUAUCGUGGAUGGUUCGCGAAGCCAUGAAAGCUGGCCUUUCGUUUGACCUGGAUAACGUCACGAAGAUGGGGUGCCAAGAUGUAUUCGACAAAGUCCGGCCCUCAGCGCGUGGCAUGAAGUCUAGUCGAGCAAGCCAGCCAGCCAUCCAGGUGGAAGACGAAGCAGGCCAUGUCCAGGGCGCACAAAUCGGACAAUCGAGCCCAGACAUCGGACCACGCGAUUUUGUGGCAGGGCUUGCGCCCGACUCUGACGACACCUCGCCGUUUCAUGAACUCAUGCAUAAAGCCCACACAUCCCGGAUACACGACUCCCUCGAGUAUGGUGGCGGGCUGGGUUACAUGGCCGUUUCGGCAUGGAAAUUCAUGGAAUACCUGCCCUUCCGUCGCAUGGACCUGCAACCCGAUGGAUCUUGGAAACCUAUUCGAUGGCCCCUACCGUGCGGUGAAGUGCGGGAUAUGCCGAACAAUGUGCGCGUUCAUGGUAGUGUUAUCCGUAGAUUGAAAGAAGACGAGACCUACAGACCGGGUAAUUUGAUAAUCGGAGGUGGAGGAAGAGGUGUGAGACGGGCGCCAGCGGAAUACGGUAUUGGAGAUUGGAUAUGUGUUGCUGAUCAUGGCGACCCAAUUGGUGAGAUAUGGGAGAAGAAGCCCAAGGAGACCUUUGUAAUAUCCUCCGACUCGCCGGUUCGAGUCUGCUCCGUCAAAAUGCCAAUUCCCUUCCUAAUGUACGUCAUCGGACACGGUCCGCCAGACUGGCUUCGCGACAACGCAUACACCAUGGUAACCGUCGCGACGACCGUAACAUUGCUUUACUUCUUCAAGAGAUGGACAUCUGGGCAGUUGAAUCCGUCAGAAAAGAAUCUCCACGGCAAAGUGGUCAUGUUUACUGGUGGCACAUCAGGGAUCGGUGCGUUAGCGGCACAGGAAAUGGCGACUCGAGGUGCUCAGAUAAUCCUUUUGACACAUACACCACCUUCCGACCCGUUUCUUGUGGAAUAUAUACAAGACAUGCGCGAGCGAACCAAUAACCAGUUGAUUUACGCCGAGCAAGUCGACUUAUCGAGCUUACACAGCAUCCGAAAAUUUGCGACAAAGUGGAUUGACAAUGCGCCCCCCAGGAGGUUAGACAUGAUUGUGCUCUGUGCUGCAACAAUGACGCCGCCGGGGGGGAAGAGGCAAGAAACGAAAGAAGGAAUCGAAGAGACAUGGAUGGUUAACUAUUUGGCCAAUUUCCACCUGCUGGGGAUAUUGAGCCCUGCAAUCAAGGCACAACCGUUUGAUCGAGAUGUGAGGAUUAUCAUGGCGACGUGCUCGUCGUACAUUGGAUCGCCUUCUUUGAAGGAACCAAUCGUCGAUGGAAAUUGGUCUCCGUCUACGGCUUAUGCUCGAAGCAAGCUUGCCCUUACCGUGUUUGGCCAAGCAUUUCAGAAGCAUCUCGACACCUAUAAACGCCCUGACCAGCUUCCAAUGAACGCCAAGGUCAUUUUUGUUGACCCUGGCCCGAGUCGUACACCAGGAAUGCGACGCUGGCUAACAAGAGGGUCCCUCUUUGGCCUGGCUAUCUACGUUGUUGGGUAUGCGUUUCCAUGGCUUUUGCUCAAGUCACCAUUCAGAGGCGCGCAAUCUAUUCUUUACGCAGCAAUGGAAUCUAGUUUAGCUGUAGGGCAUGGGGGCAGGCUGAUAAAAGAAUGCAUGGAGGUAGAUUUUGCUCGCAGCGACGUGAGAGAUGACGAAAUGGCCAAAAAAUUGUGGGAGGAGAGUGAUGCAUUGAUUGAAAGGACAGAAAAGGCAUCAGCCAAGGCCAGAGCUGCGGAAAAGGCGGCAAAAGACAAGGAAGACGAGAAGAAGAAAGAACAGGAAAGGAUCGAAGAGAUUGAGGGAUUAGUUGACACGAUUCGAAAGGGCAAGCAGAAACAACAACAAAAGCAGGAGAAGGAGAAUCCAAAGUUGAAGAGUGAGAAGACUAAAACGUAA